CGGCGGUGGGGCGACAGGGAGCCCAGCCCCGCUGACCGUCGGGAGGAACCGCGCCCACAGCCCCGCCACCCCGCCGCGAGCGAAUUUGGGUCUCGUGCGCCUUUUCCUUCCCCGAGCGCUGGACACAACCUCCGAGCACAGGUGCCCGCGAGGACUGGACAUGGACCCAUCGGGGGCAAGGGCGUGAUGUCGGCCCAGGAGCUUGUGGCCAGCCUCUGCCGCGAGGGGGACCAGCACCUGGCCCUGGGGGAGCCCCCACUGGCCACCGCCUUCUACCUGGCCGCCUUCAGCUGCCACGCCCCCUCGGCCGUGCGGAGCGUCCGAGCUGCCCUGGCCACGGCUCGGGGGGCACCCGUGCUGGCCACCCUGGAGGCCUGGUGCCGCGGUGACAGUCAGAUCCCGGCCAUCCACUGGGACGGCAUGGCGGUGGUCUCCCUGACCGGGACCCUGGCCUCUGCCUUCCUGGCCACCCUCUGCCCGGACCACCCGGCCGCGGUCCUGCACUCCUUGGCCGGCCUGCUGGCGCACGGGCACCACGGGGAAGUCGUGCGGCGGUGUGGCGCCCUGCUAGACGCUCACACCCAGCAAAGCCUGGAGCUGCGGCUGACGCGCGCCCUAGCCUGGGUCCUGUCCGGGGCGCAGGUGGACGCUGGCCUGGCCGACUACGUCCAGGCCUUCACCUCGAGCGCCGACAGGACUGUGGCGUUUGUGCGCACCCACCAGCAGCCUUACCUCCCCAUGCUUGUCAGCAGCCUCCAGGACCACAUCUCAAGGAGCCAGCAGGCUGGGCACAGCAGCUGCCAGCAGGAGACCGACCCCCACAGACUCCUGGCAGCCCUGGACCCCGAAGGCACCUGGAGCGAUGCCCUAUCACCUGAAGCUCUGCUCCGCGGCGGCAGGUAUGAGGACUGCCGGGCGGCAUGUAGCCGGGCCCUUGAGUCUGACCCGACGGGCAGCAGACCCCAAGGUGAGCGUCUGGCCGCCCUGCUGGUCACCCGCGCGGCCGCGGCCUUCUUCCUGGACAGCGGGGUCCAGGACCUGCUUGGGGACCUGCACCAGGCCUUCCGUGAAAGCCCCUCAGGGGCGCGAAGGCAAUUCGAGGCUGUCCUCUCGACCGAGGACCGGGAGCGGGUGCGGGUGCAGGCACAGGAGGCCGCGGACAUGGGUUUUGCCCACUUCCAGGAGGCGGUACGGAGUCGCCCCGAGCUUCGGGAGGACUCAGGCCGCGAGCUGCUGGCCCCGGUGACCCGGGCGCUCCGAGUUCUGCUGCGUGUGGCACCGCCCAGGGAGCGGCCGGCACUGGGCGCCCGCCUGGCCGAGUGCCUGCUGUUGGCCGGGAACGCGGCGGGCGCUCAGGCGCUGUGCGAGCGCCUGCUGCGGCCCUCGAACCCCAGGGACCCUGCGAACGACCGCGCUCCGCUACUGGUGCUUCGCGGCUUCUGCGCGCUGCACGUCGGCGACGCCCUGCGCGCCCGGGAGGAUUUCCAGGCGGUGGUGGAGCAGGGGCCGCCGCACCCGAGCGGCUGUGUGCGCGCCCUGUGCGGACGCGGGCUGCUGCGAGUGCUGGCGGGCAGCGCGUUUCUGGGCGCGCUGGACUAUGUGACCGCCUGCCGUCUGCGGCCCGACGAGGCUCUGCUCGUCGCCAAGGCCUACGUGCCCUGGAACCAGCGGGGGCUGCUGCUGACGGUGCUGCGGGAGGAGGGCCGCAGGAUGCUACAGCGGAAGCCGGACCCGGGACCCAUGGGCGCGCAGGGCCGCCGGAGCAAGGCCUCGGAGAUGGACAGCCCUGCUGCACAGGAAGGGGACGCCCAAGGUGUGUACCAGCUGGCCAUGCUCCUGAUGGAGCUGGACGCAGAGGAUGAGGCUCCGCGCCUCCUGGUGGCAGACGCCCUGUACCGCCUGGGCCGCCUGGACGAGGCCCACAAGGUGCUGCUGGUGGCCCCGCCCCGCAGGCCCCAAGUGGCCCCUGUGCUGGUGCGGCUGGCCCUGCUGCAACUUCGAAGGGGCUUCUUCUACGACGCCAACCAGCUGGUGAAGAAGGUGGUCCAGUCCGGGGAUACGGCCUGUCUCCAGCCCACCCUGGAUGUCUUCCGCAACGAGGACCGGCAGCUGCUGCGGUGCCACUGCCAUACUCGGGCCCUGGCCAUCCUGCGGGCGCGGCAAGGCGGGGCCGAGGGCGAGGCCCACACCAGGGAAGCCAUCUCCUACCUCUCUCUGGCCAUCUUUGCUGCAGGGAGUCAGGCAAGUGAGUCGCUGCUCACGCGAGCCCGCUGCUAUGGGCUCCUGGGCCAGAAAAAGACUGCCAUGUUCGACUUCAACUCUGUGCUGCGGGCCGAGCCGGGGAACGUACAGGCGCUGUGUGGACGGGCACUGCUGCGCCUGGCCCUGGACCAGCAGGAGGAGGCCGUGGACGACAUCUUCUCAGCCCUGAAGCUCGACUCACACGCUGCGGUCCCUGAGAUCCGCUCUCUGAAGCCAGAGGCCCAGGCCCUCAUCACACAGGGUCUGUCCUCCCGCUGCCGGGCCCUCCUGAGCCAGCUGCCAGACACCGGGGCCCCCCUCAGCGACGGCGACUUCCAGGGCCUCCUUGCUGCGGGGGAGGCGCUGAUCCAAAUCGAUGCCCGGCAGCUGAGCUGGCACAUCCUCCUGGCAGAUGUGCUCAUUGCCAUGGGCCGCUAUGAGGAGGCUGGCGCCCGCCUGCAAAAAAUCCUGCACCCCACACCACCGUCAGAGGCAGUCCAGGCCAGGCGGGGCCUGCUCAGGCUCAAGAAGGGAGAUGUGCCAGCCGCGGCGCGGGACCUGCAGUGCCUGGCAGAGACGGAUACCAGGGACCUCAGCUUCCUGCUGCGUCCCCUGGAGACCUCGGAGCGGCAGAGCCUCGCCCAGACAGCAGCCCAGGAAGCCAGCACCCUCCUGAACUCAGGGCAGCCCUGCCAGGCACUGGGCUACUGCUCACUGGCCGUCCUGGCUAGUGGUGGCAGGACCCGUCACCUGCGCCUGAGGGUCACGUGCCUGACCGAGCUGCAGGAGUUUGGCCGGGCACUUGGGGACCUGGACCGCGUGCUCCAGGAGGGUACAGGGGACUGUGACGUCCGGAUGAGGGCUGAGGACUUGUGCUCCAGGGGCCGCCUUCUCCUAAGCCUGGGGGAUGAGGCCAGGGCCGCACGGUCCUUCGCACAGGCCCUCAAGCUGUCACCCACCCCAGCCCAGAGCAGCCUGUGGGAGCGGCCAGGCCGGGGCCCCACCACCUGCGUGUUCCUGUGUCAUGGGCAGCGCUGCCUGGAGGAGCAGCGCUACACAGAGGCCUGGACGGCAGCAGAGAGCGGCCUCCUCGUGGACCCCGAGCACAGCGGCCUGAAGAGGCUGAAGGCAAGAAUCCGGAGGGAGGCAACCUCAGGCUGCCGGCUCCACUGACCCCACCCUCCCCAGGCCCAGUCACAGGGCCACCCUGUCAUUCUCAUCCGAUAUCCAGACCUCAAAUCAGGGAGGUGCUCACCCCACCCUCCCAGCCUGCCCAGGAAACCCUUCCCUGUGAGGUUUGACACCAGGCUCCUGCAGCACUCGGGGGCACCAAGCCCCCCAAGGACCGAACUCCUCAGCCAGGCCACCCAGCUGAGACCCAUGCUUUCAUCAAAUUCUCCUGGGGAGCCCAGUUCCGAAGCCCACCACCCACGGCCUUGGGGACCAUGCCAAACAGAAAGUGAUUGCUUUCUCUUUCUACCUGGAAACCCUGUGAAGUAGCCUCGUCCCGUUUGCGAAGCUGAGGUUGGAAAGUUCCAGCAAUUCGUACAGUCACAGUCAAGCUAGUGGGCUGUCGAGUAACACGCUUGGGGCGGGUUCCUCAGCAGAAGACAACCUGGGACCCUCCAGAGGGACUCACCCUCCCCAGCUCCCCAGGCAAAGUCUAUCCUGCCCCAUGCCCUCCCCUCCAGCCCCAGCCUGCCUCAGGGGACUGUCCCACAUCCACUGUCUGCAGGUACAUGUGACAGCUGACGGUUACCCCAACAUCACACCAUGGCACUCAAGUGGACAAAACUAGCAGGCCCCGGACAGCCUCUGUAGCAAAACGCUAAGGUGGGACAGACUGAUGGAACUCGAACUCUUAUCUGAGAAGAGAGGCUGCACCUGCUUUUCAC